AUUUUUGUUUUGUUGUUUCAUUUCGUCUUUAUCUUUCGAUAAGUCGAAAAUUAUAGCUUAGUUGUAUUUUAGGUGUAUGAACGUAAAGAAGCAAUUGAAAUAAAAUAAAUAAGCUGUGUCGUUUUGCCAAGUAAAUUAAUCAAUUAAUUAAUCAAAGACAUUAGCAAUAAAUUGUAAUACAUGCUGUAAAAUGUAGCACACAUUUUGUGAAUAUUGUGAACGAAAGAAGUCUUUGAAUUGUGAUAAAAUAAUUAUAAUAAAAUUAUGCAUUCAACAAAAAGAUUUAAGAAGGACCAUCAAGGUUCAGUGCUUGAUAUGAUCAAGAUGGACAUUGAAGAUCCAGAACCAAUGACUGAACCUGAACCAAGAAUAUUCUCCGAAGCUGUGACCUUAUCAUUCAUAAACAUCGACCAUGAAUUACCUCAAAUCAUCACAGACUUAACAGAUUUCGAAGCUUUAGAAAUUAAUGAUAUCCCAACAAUCAAUGACGCCGUAAAUCUAAUCUCAUCGGAUCUCCUACGUCAAAAGUUUUAUCAAACUUCGUACUCAAUUGCUAUCAAACUGAAGAUUUUUGGUCAAAUCACGACUUUAAGUCCUCUUCAGUAUGAAAUAAUAUCAACAAAAAUUGAUAAGACAAGAAAACUUUUGUUGUGUUUUGAGUCAUUGGAUGAUAAAAAGUGUUGUUUUUAUUGGAAGUCCGAUGAGGAGAUGCCAUUGAUGUCACUUUCAUUGAUUGAUGUGGAUAUUGUAAAUCGGGAUUCAAUGAAUGGCUUUAUAAACUCAUUUUUGUUUCUAGCGUUGAGGUUGGGGAAUAAAGGUAUCCCUCAAGAUGCCAAUAUGACGUCAUCUACAGACUUAUCCCUUUUUUCUCUUGUUGAUAUGAAUGACAAGAAUCUUCUAAUGCUGGCCUCAGAGCUUGGAAAUCGUCCCGUCGUGGAAGAUCUCAUAAAAAUCGGAUUUGAUGUGAAUUUCCAAGUUGAGAACCAAAUCGCAGCUGAUUUAGCUUGGGAGAACCGACACUUGGAUGUCUUACUUUCAUUAUUGCUAGAAAAUUCUUUAUAUCCAGUUGACUUUAAUGAGGCAAAUACAUCAAAUGAGGUGAAAGAUUUUGUGAAGAUGACUCAUCAGUUUGUGAAAAGUGUGAAGAACAAUGACGAAGUUAUUGUGCAAAAUAUAUUAGAAAAAUAUCCAAAUUUAAGAUACUUUUAUAGUCGUGACAACGUUUCAGCAGCUUUUGUGGCUCUGUCAAAGGAAAAAUUCAACAUUUACAAAAUAUUCAUGACUAAGAAUGUUUGUGUUGGUCCAAAAGAAGAUAUAGACAAGAUUUUAACAAAAUUAAAUGAUAAACAGCGUGAAGAACUUCGAAAAAUCCACUUGGAACAUUCCAGAGAGCCACCAGAAAAAUUCUUGAUGAUCCUUCACUCAAACACCAGCGUUGGCCACGAUACAAUCAAUGUCAAUGAGAAAUUAAAUCACGCAAAGUCAGCAAUCGAGUAUCUUUGCCGUAUUUCUGUAAUUCGACUAAUCCUUCAAAUCGUUGCAGCUUCUCGAGACUUUAAACUGAUUUUUGAUUUUAACCGAGAUUCUGUGCAGUUUCUGGAUCCAACAUCCAGUAAGCAGACGCGAGGAUCAUUUUUUACAUCCAGACAAGUCUAUAUAGCAGCAAAGUUCUUACUCGAUCCAGAGCAUCGACAAGAAGCAAUUGGAACUUUAGCACAUGAGCUUUGUCAUUUUGCCAUGUUCUUGGUCUACAGGAAUAAUUGCUUGCCAUACUUCAAUGGAGAUCAUAAAAUGGCAAAAACAUUCCAUGGAUAUCUGAAAUAUUGUCAUGAAAAUCGAAAGAAAGAGCCAAUUAUGGGAUAUGUCUUUGAUAUCCCGAAAGAGAACCAAGAGACACGACAUGCUGAGUUGAUCGUUCGAGUUCCACAUCUUCUGGCUUUAUAUCAUGAAAAUACAGACAAAUUAGAUCAAAUAAGAGAGUAUUUUCUCCCAUUAUUCAGUUUCUUUGAGUUCAAGGUUGUUGAGGACAUGAAAAUAGCAUUGCCAAAUAUCGAAACCGAAGCUGAUGGCGAGAUUAAAAAAUUUAACGACAAAAGAAAACGAAAAGGAUUUUGCAGCAUGCGAAAUUUGAUUAUUUUGAUUAUAGUUGCAUGCAUUUCAGUUAUUGGAAUCGCACUGGGAAUUUAUUUUGGAGUUUCGCGUAAUUCCAAUAAUGAUUUGGUUGGCGAGGUGUUCCAGCCUUGGAACGCUAUCGUUAGACACUCACGGACUGAUGAAAUUAUGUGUAUUGGAAGUAUAAUUCAUCCUGAAUUUGUGUUAACUACUGCCGAGUGUGUCCAAAAGAAGAAUCACAGGAACCCACUGCCUCCUGGACUUUUUAUAGCUGAUUUUCAUCGUCAAAUUGGUUCUCUUAGACUCGAAGUUGCUGAAAUCAAUGUCUUUUUUGACUGGAAAUUUAAUGAAGAUAAUUUAGGAUCAGACUUGUCUUUAUUAAGACUGAAAGAGUCACUUCAAUUUACUGUUCAUUUGCGUUCAGUUAAUUUACCACUUCAGAUACUUCAGCUAAACAAGACUGCUUUACAUCAAAAUACUAGAAGUGAUACUGUCCUCCAUACAGUGAUGGGUCUACAUUCAUUUAAUAUUCCAAUUACAAAAAUUGACACGAUUGAAUGCAUUAUUGACGAUUAUACAAUCAAUAAAUAUUUAGGAGAUCUUCAGUAUUGUGCACGACAGAUUGUGAAUAAGUACUGUAUAAAUGGAUAUGGCGAACAAGUCUAUGAUUCUGUAAAAGAUACAUUGCAUGGAUUAGUGUCAAUGGGACACAUGACAGAAGCUUAUUGUGCAAGUAAUAAUAGUUUGAUUAUUACUGAAUUGGGUUACUAUUCUGAUUCAAUAAGGAAUGCUGUUUGUGGUGAUAGAAAUUAUAGUUCAAAUGAUUACAACAUGUGGACGACUGAAUCUGAGAUUAAUAAUUUUAUGGUAGCUGUAAUGGACAAUUAUACAUCCGAAUUUCUUUGUUGGGCAUUCUUCAUCAGCCAUCAAGUGCUUCUUACCGAUUCAAAUUGCCUAAGAUUAGCAAGUGAAAAAAACAUCCGACUUAAAAGUGAUCACAAUAAUUGGCUCAAUAUUCAAUCAAUUGAAAAUUCUGAUGUAGAAAAUAUUACAAAAAUUACUUUGACUGCAAAUUCAAGUUCGGACAUAACGAUUGACAUUGUUAACAAUGAGCAAAAUCUUUUGGACCUAGAAAAUGUCAAAAUAGUUUACAACUACGAAAUGUAUGGCGAUGUAUAUGCGUCAAGAUUCUAUCAUUACCGAAAUAAGAUCAAUGAAAGAGUUUUAAGCGACUUUUGUGUUCAAUAUUCUGGUGGUCCAGUUUUUAUGGAUAUUAAUUUUACUGCAAAAUUGUAUGGAAUUGUGAUAAAGAAGCCAUGUGAAGAUGAUUGCACCAUUGAAGAUAAUGGAUAUAAAGUUGGCUACGUCAAUCUUUUCGAUCAUAAAAACUGGAUUUUUGGUGUACCAACAGAAUCUACAAUAGCUCCUAAUCCCACUACAACAGUUACUACUUCUUCUGAGUAUCCAAUCACCACAACUUCAUAUACCACUAAAUCACUUCCUGCUACUACCACAACAGUCACAAGAUUUUUAACAUUCCCAACUAUUUCAUUCCCUCCAAUGCCUACACUCCCUCCAUUUCCUAAUAUUUCCAGCUUUGAAUCCAAUUAGCGGAGAGGUCUUUGAUCGAGAAUAUUGCACCAAUGGAACUGAAUGUCGAAUUUUAAAAGUGUUCUCAGCAACUUCUUUUAAAAUUGUCAAUAACAUUGCACCAAUCUAUGUUGAUCAUCAAUACAGCAAAGAAGUAGAAGUCUUUGAAAGUAUUACACUAAAAAACAUCGAAAUGCCAUUACCAAUUAAUGUGGUUGACGUGUUUCCAAAUCUAGUUAAAUAUACUUUCCAAAAUAUUGCUGUAAAGGAAAUUUCAUUGGAUAAUUUUUGGAAGUUGUCAGCUUUGGAGUUUAUUGAUUUAAGCAAUAAUCAAAUUGUAUCAAUUGAUUCAGAUACAUUUAAUCAUACGACAAAACUUAAAGAACUUAAAUUGGAAAAUAAUCAAAUCAGUUUCUUCAAUGAAGACAUUUUGCAGCCAUUAAAGAAUUUAGAAAUAUUUGACAUUAAUAGUAAUUUAUUGAAAAAUAACUUAUCAAUCUUUAAAUAUUGUUCAAAUAUAAAACAAAUCAUUCUAUCCAAAAAUGAAAUUACUGAAAUUAGGAACAACAUAUUUGUCAACUGUGGAUUGCUCGAAACUGUGGAUUUCAAUUCAAAUGAAAUUAGCUUUCUAAACACAGACAUUUUCCUCAAUAAACCAAAUUUAAAACAUGUCGAUUUGAGGUGGAAUAAUUGCAUUAGUAAGGAAUUUGUUGGUUCUAAUGGAACUAAGUUUACAACAGAUGCAUUUAACGCAAUGAUGAAUGAGAUUAGCGUUUGUUAUCUGCCACAAACAACAACAUUUAUCCCAAUGACAGUUACUUAAAAAGCAUUGUUAUUGCUACUAAAAAAUGAUUUCCUAGAAAGGGGAACCUUAACGUUGGGGUUCUGUAGACUUUUAAAUACUUUAGACUUCCUUGAGAUCACAUUUUUAUACGAAUUUAAAUAAUAUGUAAUUAAAAUAAUGUUAAAGACAAAGAUUUUGAAUACAACUUAUUAAAUACAACUGUCCUUGUAACCCCUCCCCCCUCUUGACCCUUCUCGAACUUUAAAGCUUACAUUGUAUUGCACAUUUCAAUAAAGAAAGAUAAAAAAAAAAUCAAUCAAACUUUUUCAUUUUUUUUUU